AUUCCGGGACUUCAUUGAAGAUAUUUAAAGUCACUCUCAUCUCCAGUGCCUGCGUUAUCCUCCGUUUCUCUGUCUACAAUCCUCUGGCCUGGCCAAACCCUCCAUGGAGUUCACAGCAGAUCAACUCAUCCAUUACAACGGCACUGACCCAUCAAAGCCCAUUUACAUAGCAAUCAAGGGUCGCGUUUUCGAUGUGACCGCCGGCAAGUCCUUUUACGGCCCAGGAGGCUCGUACGCCAUGUUCUCUGGCAAGGACGCUAGCAGAGCUCUGGCCAAGAUGAGCAAGGAAGAUGAAGAUGUCUCUCCUUCUCUGGACGGCCUCACUGAGAAGGAGAUGGGUGUCCUCAAUGACUGGGAGAAGAAGUUCGAAGCUAAGUAUCCAAUUGUUGGCCGUGUUGUCUCUUGAAUUUUCUUGAUUUCUAUUUGCUGUAUUCUGUUUCUAUUGCUAAUCUAAAAGAUCAAUUACCUGUUAUGAUUAUGCUUGAUUAUGACUUUGCAGAGUAUGAUGAUCUGGAUGAAAACUGUCUGUGUGCUUUGUAAUCGGUGAUUGAAUAAAUUUGGGUUGUGUAAA